AUGGCUCCCGCUGCGACUGGUGCGAAGAAGCAGAAGAAGAAGUGGUCUAAGGGCAAAGGCAUGUUCAAGGACAAGGCCCAGCACGCUGUCCUGCUUGACAAGACCACUUCCGAGAAGCUCUACAAGGAUGUCCAGUCAUACCGUCUCGUCACAGUUUCUACUCUGGUCGACAGACUAAAGAUUAACGGUUCGCUGGCCCGGAAGUGCUUGAAGGACCUCGAGGAGAAGGGACAGAUUAAACCCGUCGUCACUCACAGCAAGAUGAAGAUCUACACCCGUGCCGUCGGCGGUUCGGAUUAA